AUGCUUUGCAGGCCAAGUGGGAGGGGAAGUGCCAUUGGAGUGGCCAUCUCUGCGUGGCUGUGGCUGCAGCUGCAGACGCUGGCAUAUCAGACGGCGGGCAACAUCACCAGCAACCCGACGCUGGACCAUCUGCCCACGAGGAUAAUUGGUGGCAAGAGGAUCAAGUGCUCGCGUGCGCCCUACCAGUGUGCUGUCAUCUACGAAAAUGACUUCAUCUGCGGCUGCGUGAUCCUCAAUCGUCGCUGGCUGCUCACCGCCCACCACUGCAUUGUGGGUGGGGCGGGCAAGUACCAGAUUCGAGCGGGCACCACGCAGCAGCGACGCGGCGGUCAGCUGCGCCGCGUCAAGACGAUCGUCGCCCAUGCCGGCUACAGCGAGAACACGAUGAGGAAUGAUCUGGCCAUGAUGAAGCUGCGCGAGCCGCUCAAGCACAAUCGCUGCGUGAAGCCGGUGCGUCUGCCCUCGCGGAAGCGGACGCGCUGGCCAGAGUGCUACCUCGUCAGCGGCUGGGGCUUGGCCCAGGCGAAUGCCCAGAAUGUGCAGCGUUACCUGCGCGGCGAGCGUGUCUGCAAGGUGCGGCGUGGCAGGUGCCGGCAGAUGUACAGGCGCACCGGCGUCAAGAUCUACAAGGAUAUGAUCUGCGCCGCACGGCCCGGCAAGGACAGCUGCUCCGGUGACUCGGGCGGGCCGCUGGUGCAUGGCAACACGCUCUACGGCAUUGUGUCGUUUGGCAUUGGCUGCGCCAAUCGCAAUUAUCCCGGGAUCUAUGUGAAUGUGAAGCGCUAUGUGCCGUGGAUCAGGAAGGUUAUGCGGAAGUAUUAG